AUGACAGAAUCCGAACGUACUUUGGCUGGAUUGGUAGGCUUGAAUUUGUUGGUGUUUGGUGCUUGGCAGGUACCUCGUUGGACUCCCUUUAUGGUUCGAUGGUUUAUGCAUCACCCUGGUGCUGGCUCAUUUGGAUCCAUCACGUUGGUCACCAGUUGUUUCUCACAUAAGGAAGGACUUCAUCUGGCUUGUAACAUGGUGGGUCUUUGGUCGUUUGGUGGAUUAAUGCAUGAUUACUUGGGUCGUGAACAAUUCUUGGCUUUAUACUUGUCUACAGGUGUGGGUGCUAAUAUGAUCAGUCAUACUCUCAGUCUAGCUUUCCGUCGUUCGCGUGCUUUGUUGCCUAGCUUAGGUGCAAGUGGUGCUAUUUAUGGUUUACUCUCAGGAACUGCUUAUUUGGAACCUCAAGCUAGUGUAUCUUUGAUCUUUUUACCCUUUAUUCCCAUCAAAUUAGGAUAUGCUUUACCUGCAAUGAUGGGUUUUGAUGUGGCUGGAAUCUUACUGAAAUGGAAAAUGUUUGAUCAUUAUGCGCAUCUUGCUGGAGCAAGUAUAGGGUUAGGUUAUUUGGCUUAUGGACAACAACACCUUUGGCAACCACUUGUUAGAAAUAUUCAUGAAAUAAGAACGAAACAAACUUCCCAUUAG